AUGUGGAUCUUAAGGUGGUGGAACUCAAGUCAGAGAUGGCUAAAGAAGUUGAAAAUAUGGAAAAAAAAAUAUAUUGUGUUGCAUAGCAAAGUUGAUGUUGUUGUUGAUAUUAUCAAAAAGCUGGUUGAUUUUAAUACUAAUUAUUCGAACAAGCUGGAAGCAAAAUCGGAGAAGGAUUCUCAAGUGUUCGCAAAGCUGGAAGAAUUUCAGUUCAGUAUUAAGGAGUCAAUUUCGAAAGCUUCUCUUUCAAAUCAAUCCUCUGUUUCUCAAGAGUCAAGUUCUCAAUUGAUUUCAACCAUUGAGACUAAUAUAAAAGCAGAGCUUGCUCUCAUCAUUGAGUUGGUUCUUCGAUUACCAAUGAAUAUUCCACAUGCUAGAUAA